UCUCUACCAACAUUUAUCCCUGUCACUCACACUUCUCAUUUUGCUCAAGAAUCCUAAACAAUUGAGACAUCUCAAAGAUCAGAAGCAAGAGCAAUUCAAUACAUGCACAUAGAGAGCUAGUGAUGAGGGUUGAGGCUGUGGUUCCGGUCCCCGAAUUCCACUUCGACGGCGCGGCCACGAGCCCCCCGACCCGCGACGAACCGUCCCUCGACGGGCUUAUAAUUCGCGGCCCGUCCUUCUCGACCUCCUCGACCGUCCCCUUCGUCUGGGAGGACAAGCCCGGCGCUCCGAAACUGGCCCGCUCCGACCACCGCAAUGCCGAUGGUGAUCAAUUGGACUUCUCUUUCAAAUUCCACGCGCGCCACCGCGCCAACAGAGAAGCACUGACCGCGGCGGACGAGCUCUUCGCGGAGGGGAAGAUCCGCCCGCUGAAGCCCCCGCCGUGGCUCCAGCGUCCCGUGAUCGCCGAUGAAUUGUCGAGCAGCGUUUGCUUGUCCCCGGGGUCCCCGUGGUCUCCCCGGCGUAAAGCGAUGCGCUCUCCACACCGCAAGGGACGCGGAGGAGGCGGAGGCGAAGAGUUUGAUCCCUUCAUGGCGGCGAUGGUGGAAACUACGAAAGAUAAAGUGGAGUCCGCCUUCUCUACUUCGAGAAGCAGAAGGGGUCGAGCACUCCGAAUUCCUCCGGAAAGAGGUGGCGGCGAUUAAAAGACCUGCUCCUCUUCCGCGGUGCCGCCGCGAAAAUGAGCAAAGAGCUUAUAAUGUCGAAGUACUCGCUAGUCUCAUUAUUCAAAUCGCGGUCGCCGUCGACGGGUCCAACGGCCAACGAAAACACGACGCCGCCGCAUGAGAAGCGUAACGGAAUGGCACGAGAGGUCAAGAAAGUGGCGGCGGCAGCGGCAGCGCCGCCACCGGUCCCGUAUCGGCAGAGGCUGCUGAGUUGCUUCCGAGUCAACCCAGCCGUACACAGCGUUGACGGAGGGUUCAACAGAUA